AUGUUCGAAACUGGCGACCUAGACCAAAGUGCCUGCAUCACAUACCACCAGUACGGCCAACGCUGCACCGGGACUGCCCCAUGCCGCAACUGUCGACAGCGCCUCGCCGAGCAUGGGCCCCAACCUGACGGAGCCUCAGGCGAAGCCGACUACCAUGAGAAACUGCUGGACGAUAUCUUUCGACUUAUUCAAUCCACCGAUGAUGAAGGGUCACGGCCUUUAUUAGAUUUAAUACGCAAUGGCGCCACAUUUCCCGAGGUACGAUGCUUGAUAGACCAGAUAUCGACAGGCGUACCAACGCCAAAUCAGGCGUCCAGCGCGGAACUUAGAGGCGCAAGAUUACGCGUCGGAUAUGAGGUUGAGAGCGGUGCGCCGCCGUUUCGGUCCAUGGUUAUGGAUGUUCACUACUUGUGCGAUUCUGCGCCAGUCAAGGUGCCCGCGAAGCCGUGGACGAGUGUUACAGACGAUGAUGCGCUGGUUUCGCAUUUAGUCUCGCUAUAUUUCACGUGGGACUAUCCGUUCUAUGCAUUUGUAGAUCCGGAGAUUCUGAUCAAGUACAUGUCCGAGGGGCAGUUGCAGAGUGAUUUUUGCAGUCCGUUUCUUGUGAAUGCGCUCCUUGCGAAUGCUUGUCAUUAUUCUCAUUACUCAGAAGCUUAUACGAUACCCGGAGACGUCAAGACCAAGGGUACAGAUUUUCUGGCGGAGGCAGAAAUGCAUCUUCGAAAAAAUCGUUUCGAGAAAGGAUCCAUAGUCCGACUCGCGUCUCUGCAGGCUACGCUGCUGCUAUAUGAAAGGUAUUCAAUGGUAGGGGACGACGACAACGGCUAUAUAAUGCUCAACCAGGCGUUGGAAAUGGCAGAGGCGCUUGGGAUAAUCAACAGCCCGGAGCUCCGCUUGAACAAUUCGCACAUGUCGGAAGAGAUGAUAAGAUCAGUCCAGCGAACGGCGUGGGGUCUGUUUCAGAUUGACACGAUUGUGCAUACAAACUUUCUCCGCAAGAGUUCGGUCAAUGAUGUGAGCAUUUCUCGGAUUGAUCGUGACUCGUCGAAGCCCUGGGAUACAUGGGCAGCGUACCCUUUGAACAAACCCGAUCGACCAUCCUGGCUGAGCCAGACUUUUGAUGAAGCAUGCAUGCUGUCAUAUAUUGCGCGAGAUAUGUCCCGAACCCUCAGUCCCAAAGCCACCAAUUCGGCGGCCAACACAUCUGAACACAAGCAAGCGCUAUACGGCAAAUUGAGGCACUGGGAGGAAAACUUGCCGGCGACUUUCUCGCUGGAUGAGAAGCCAGCGCCGCAUAUUUUGCUGCUAAGGAUGCGGUAUCAUGCCUUGCUAAUUAAUUUAUAUUGCGACUGGUUCGAAGGCAAGCCGCCAUUCAACGCCAUUACCGGCCAGCCAAUUGAACAAGAACCAUCGACUAGAAUUGCCGACUCCGACGCUUUGAAAAUAGCUCUCGCUUCUGCUAGAGAGAUUGCCGUCAUCACCCGACUGCAUAAGGAGGAGUAUGGUAUGGAACGCGCCCACCAGUUCGCCAUGUACGCCAUCCUGCUCGCCCUCUUUGCCUUUCUGGAGCAAAAGUCCUUCAACGUCCUCGACCACGACUUCCUUUCACUCACUAGUGCCUUUUCCAUCAUUGCCUCCCGAUCCCAAGUGGGCAUGCACCUGUUUCACAUCUUCCGGCACUCUGUGAAAUUCCGACUGCAGUGCGGGAAAUGGGAAAGCUCGGUGGCUGUACCGACAGAACUCGACGAAUUAUUUUUCAAGAACACUUCGCCUGAGAUACCCGAUCGAUGGAACCACUACGCCGAGGGGCUGCAGAAGCUGGCGGAUAAUGGGGAGUAUAUCGGCAGUCUCGACGGCGGGUGGCAGACGCACGCGGCGUCGGGGAUCAACGACAUGCUGCGCAAGUACGAGACGCUCAGUGUGGGCAAGGAGGACGACCUGCAUGGGAAGGACGAGUCGAGCGGGUCGCGCCGAAUAAAAUGCGACGAAGGCAAACCAAUCUGCCGCAACUGCACGCGCUCCAAGCGCCACUGCGCCUACGCCAACACCCCCGACGGAAAAUCGAAUCUGCGAAUCGUAGUCUACACACCGCGCGCAACGUUUGCUACAACCGGCGCCGAGAAGCACAGUCUCGAUUUCUUUCUCGCGCAGAUGCGCACGCGCUUCCCGAUCCACUUCUCCCAACCUGUUCUCCAGGCCGCGCAUCGCGAGGAUGUCCUCGCCCACGCGGUUAUCGCCCUCGGCGCAAUGCAGCAGUGCUUCGAGUAUGACGAUGCGAGCGCAAUAGGCGGGUGGAGUCCCAUGGCGACGUUCGCGAUGCAGCAGUACGGCAAGGCGCUGCGGUUACUGCAGGAGCGCGUGAAUCUAGUCUCGACCUCCACCUCCAACCGACCUCCAAGAGGGCGAGCGCGACAUGCCAGCGCAGAGCCAGACCUGAUUCUAAUAUCGUGCAUCUUCUUCGCGUGCUUCGAGUGCCUGCGUGGCUCGACGCAGGCGGCCAUCAUCCACAUGCGCUCUGGGUUGAAUCUCCUACGGGAAUACGAGCGGGACCCGCGCACAGGCUCGAUUAUACCGCGGCGCACGAUGCGCUCGCUCUUCACGCGCCUCGAUAACCAGCUCAUCGAGAUGCGCGGGAGUAGUCUGUCCAUCUCCGAUCUGAGCGAUAGCCUGGAUGUAGUCGCGCGGGAUCCCACGCCCGAAGACGACGUCCACGAUGCGCUGAACGCGCUGUGGAACCAUAUCCUGCAUGGCAUGCUUGAUUCGGCGCGCGCGCUGGCAAAGGGCGAGGCGCCGAGCCCGUCGAUUCCGACGCCGCAGAAUGACGUGCGGGAGAGUAUGAGGCGCCUGCAUAGUACGUUUAUGAGGCUGGCGAUCUCGCCGGGCGAACAGGCACAGUCACAGGCACAUCAACAUGCGAGUCACCACUCUCAAUCCCCACCACAAUCACAACCAUAUGUCCAUCCGCAUCUCACCCGCCCACCCCCCGAACCCCUCGACUACGGCCAAGACCCCGACAUCCUCCGCAUCUGGUUCCUGCUCUCCCCAAUGCUCCUCACAAGCAACACCUGGGACCCCGCGGACGCAUGGGGCCCGCACAACGACAACUUCGCGCGGAUCGUCUCCAUCGCCGAAUUCUACCUCUCGCGGUGUGCCGCCGCGAACCCGUCGCGACGGCGCACAUUCACGUUUUCCCUGGGUAUCGUGCCGCCGCUAACACUGACAGCCACGCGAUCGCGAGACCCGUGUGUGCGUCAGAAGGCGCUGUAUCUGCUCUCUAUAUGUAAUCGGCGCGAGGGCAUCUGGGAUUCAGCGGUGUCUGUGCAGUUUGCGCUCAGGACGAUCCAGAUGGAUCAGAGUGUGAAUGAUGAACCGGGGGAGGAUAUGGCGGCGACGAGGCUGAAGAAUCGCGCGGCCGCGUUUGAUGAUAUUCUUGUUGCGGAUGAUGAUGAGAGGCUUGUUAAGCAUGAGCCUGUUGGGGAUGAGGAGGAGGAUGAUGAGUAG